CACGGAGGGAGUAUCUAUUUCAUAGUUUAGAUUUGCACUGGACGCCUGAACUGCCAGAUGUGAUUUCAAAGUUUAGAUUUGCACUGGACGACGAAGCUUAGGUUUGAUUUCAAUUCCAACUACAUCGAAUCUUUGUUUAGAUCUAAGGCAGUUUUGAUAAUUUCAAUUUCAAUUUCCUCAUGAUAUGAGUAAUUUGAAGCUUGUUAUAACUUGUGUCAUCCACCCAUGGAAACUAAAAGUCAAGCACCAGUAAGUAAUAAUCUUCUUCCUAUGAUCAAUCAUAUGCUUAGCUUGCUUCCUUAGGAAAAUCAAUCCCUCCCCAAAGCUAUGCUAAAUCCUCGAAAAUCCAUUACCUUUUCGUGAAGUAUUCGAUCAAUUCCCUCCAUGGUAAAGUAUAUUUUCUCCCCCCCCCAGCUGGGAACUAUAUGUAUGUGUAUAUAUAUAUAUAUAUAUCUGUGUGUGUGUGUGUGCGCGCGCAGCUAGGUCAUAUAGAUAAAAAUAAAAUAUUGCACGAAUUGAAGAAGAACAUACGAUAAAUAAAUCGAGCUUAAACAAUUUGGAAAAAACACACACGUAGUGUAUUAUUAUAUACAUGGGUUCCAAAACUACUAGAGGAGUUGAGAUGUGGAGCAGCAGCAGCAGCAGAGAUAUUCCUCCGUCUCACUUCAUUUUCAUGAUACGCUCUUUCUCUCAGCUCACAAAAUCUGGAAUCGACAGACUCGAGUCUGGAGUUUUUGAAGCCUCCCAGAAGAAAUGGAAGUUGUGUGUUUAUACAAAGGCCAGAUAUAACAUAAAAGCAAAGAAUGGUGAUGAGGAUGACGACGACGAGCAUUAUAUCUCCCUUUGCUUACGAAUCGUUGAUACUGAUAGUCUUCCCCGAGGAUGGGAGGUUCAUGCUAGGUUUACUUUCUUUGUCUAUGAUCAAAUCAAUGACAAAUACUUGACAAUCCAAGAUGGUGGGGAGAAAGUGAGGCGAUUUCACUACAUGAAAACUCAAUGGGGGUUGGACCAGUUUCUCCCACUCUCUAUUUUCAACAACCCCUCCAAUGGCUAUCUGGUUGACGACACGUGCGCUUUUGGGGCGGAGGUUUUCGUCGUCUCAAAUGCCCCAAAACGCGAAUGUCUCUCCAUUACGCCUACUAGUAAGGAAAACACCACUUACACUUGGAGAAUAAACCAUUUCGCAUCCAUAACGUCUGAAUCUGUCACGUCUGAUGAAUUCUUCCUUGAAGGGAUCAAAUGGACCAUAAAGCUGUAUCCCAAAGGAUCCUCAACUGGAAAAGGCCACAGCAUAUCCCUUUAUCUGAUGUUGUCCGCUGCGCAGUAUGAAAACCUUAAUGCAGCAAAAUUGUACGCAAAGUAUAAGUUGCGAAUCUGCAAUCAACUCAGCGCUACACAGCACCAUGAAACUCAUGUGGAACAUCUUUUCGACGACCCGAAGUUGUCUGGGUAUGGGGUGCACAAAUUCAUGUCUCUGAACAAGUUGGAGAGUGGUUACCUAGUAAAUGACACACUCAUUGUACAAGUAGAUAUCCUACUUCUCUCCAAGGUUUCUGAGUUCUGAUUGAUCCAGCUUAGAUAGACCAGGUGCCACCUCUACAUAUAAAUAUAUUAUAGUCACACAAACUUAAUUUGACACCAAAUCAUGUGUGUUUACUACGGCCUAAUCAAUAUAUACAGAGAAUCAUUGUCCGUAUCGCAUAAACAUUACUCAUUAUUUGUGUAUGUAUGUCUGUGAAACACGCAGUGUCGGACUUUGUUUGGUGUCGACGUAUUAAUGGCAAUAUACUCUGUAUAUAUUU